AUGGGAAUUUUUAAGAUUUAUUUGAUUGUCCUCAUGGCCAUGUUACUCUUCUCUCUUGUUGUUAGCGAUCCUUAUAAAAAUUAUCAAAUUAAUAGUAACGUAUAUACUAGUCUGAAACGAGCUCAAUUGCUACACUCACCUCCUGCUUUGAAAAGGCCUUACACUCACAAUUUUGUUGGAGAAAUCAAAAGUAAGGUUCCUACAGCUCCAAAUCCAGUACAAUCGCCGGAAUCACCUCCCACCGUGAAAACGUCUAACAACUACAACUUUGUUCGAGAAAUAAAAAGAAAAGUUCCCACCGGUCCAAAUCCAGAACAAUCACCAGAGUCACCUCCUGCCAUGCAAAGGUCUUACGUUUACGACUUUAUUCACGAGAUAAAAAGAAAAGUUCCCUCUGGUCCAAAUCCAGAACAAUCACCAGAAUCACCUCCCGCCAUGAAAACUUCUUACAAGUACAACUUUAAUCCAAAAAUAAAAAGAAAUGUUCUCACAGAUCCAAAUUCAACUCAAUCACUUGAUUCGCCUCUUACCGUGAAGUCUUAG